UGGUUUAUGUGGUCCAGAAGGUCUCCCUGUCUGAGUAGGCUUAACGGGCUCGUUUCCUUUAGUUUUAUUUUUGUUCGUACAGAUGGUUACAUUCUUCGCAGUGAACUACUGUUGUCUGCCUCUUUCAACGUGUGGAAAGUUGUACAAAUACGACCGUUCAGUUACUCAGAUCUCCUUGUUUAAGGAUGACAGGGAGUCACGUAGACACCGUCCUAGUGCUGGUUUCCCUAGAAAGCCGCUACAGCAAAUGAGAGGAAAUCUGGUCGCGUGAAGUUGAACUAGAUUUGUGGUAUUGUAAUGUCUAUAGACAGGGAUACAGCACCCAUAGCCAGUACGCAUGCGCAGCGGGACACGCCCUCCCUUCGCCCCGACGCGCUCUUCCCGGCAGCCUCCGGUUCCUCCCGCGGCGGCACCGCUCCCACGUCCGGAGUUACACGUCAUCGUCCUUGCUUGCCGGUAUCUAAGGCGCCGAGAGGGGCGGGAAGCCCCUGAUGCACACUGACGUCAUAAUGUAAAAGGGCGACCCCGUCAGGAGUGCUGACUAUAUCUAGAGAGCGGCCCGGAGGCACUGAGGUUUUCCGAAACUGAAACCUUCCGAGGUACAUUUAAGGAAGCGUGCGUUCUGGGAAAAUGUGGUUUUGAAGUGCUGGACGGUACUGUCUUGCCCUCCUCCAACAUGGCGGCGUGGCUUCUUUGAAUGUGUCACUUCCGCGCUCCUGCCCGGAUGCGCUCUUUGAUUGGCUAAUGUACUUCUCCGUAGAGUGACAUCAUGGGCGUUGACCAAUUGGCUGAGAGCUGAGCUGGACUUGGAGGGACCCGGAGCCGGAGCUGGACUUUUGCCGCUGUGGGCAAGUACGCCUCGGGGCAGGUGAGCGGCGCUGACCAGGUGAGCGGCGGGCACUAGUUCCUUCUUAGAUGAUGACGACAUAUCUGGAGUUCAUUCAGCAGAAUGAAGAACGCGAUGGCGUGCGCUUCAGUUGGAAUUUGUGGCCAUCCAGCCGUCUGGAGGCCACGCGAAUGGUGGUCCCACUGGCCUGUCUCCUCACUCCUUUGAAAGAACGACUGGAUCUGCCUCCUGUACAGUAUGAACCUGUGUUUUGCAGCAGGCCCACCUGCAAAGCUGCCCUCAAUCCGCUUUGUCAGGUUGAUUAUCAAGCAAAACUUUGGGCUUGUAAUUUCUGUUUCCAAAGAAACCAGUUUCCUCCUGCGUACGCGGGCAUAUCCGAGGUGAACCAGCCCGCCGAGCUCAUGCCCCAGUUCUCUACAAUUGAGUACGUGGUACAGCGAGGUCCUCAAGCCCCGCUGAUCUUCCUCUAUGUGGUGGACACAUGCCUGGAGGAAGAUGACCUCCAGGCCCUCAAAGAGUCCCUGCAGAUGUCCCUGAGCCUCCUGCCUCCCGAGGCCCUAGUGGGCCUCAUCACUUUUGGCAGGAUGGUGCAGGUUCACGAGCUGAGCUGUGAAGGAAUCUCCAAAAGUUACGUCUUCCGCGGGACCAAGGAUUUAACUGCCAAGCAAAUACAGGACAUGCUGGGCCUGUCCAAGCCAGCAAUGCCCAUGCAGCAAGCAAGACCUGCACAGCCUCAGGCGCAUCCUUUCGUGUCCAGCAGUUUUCUGCAGCCCGUUCACAAGAUUGACAUGACCCUCACUGAUCUCCUCGGGGAGCUGCAGAGGGACCCAUGGCCAGUCACUCAGGGGAAGAGGCCUCUGCGAUCCACGGGGGUUGCACUGUCCAUUGCUGUCGGCUUGCUGGAGGGAACUUUUCCAAACACAGGCGCCAGGAUCAUGCUGUUCACAGGCGGGCCCCCCACGCAGGGGCCCGGCAUGGUGGUUGGAGAUGAGCUGAAGGUUCCCAUUCGUUCCUGGCAUGAUAUUGAGAAAGACAAUGCACGAUUCAUGAAAAAGGCAACCAAGCACUAUGAGACACUCGCUCAUCGAACCGCCUCUAAUGGUCACUGCAUUGAUAUUUAUGCUUGUGCCCUUGACCAGACUGGACUUCUGGAGAUGAAGUGUUGUACCAAUCUUACAGGAGGCCACAUGGUGAUGGGAGAUUCUUUCAACACCUCUCUCUUCAAGCAGACCUUCCAGAGAAUUUUUAGCAAAGAUUUUAAUGGAGAUUUCCGAAUGGCAUUUGGUGCUACUUUGGAAGUAAAGACCUCUCGGGAGCUGAAGGUUGCGGGAGCCAUUGGUCCCUGUGUGUCUCUGAAUGUGAAGGGACCAUGUGUGUCAGAAAAUGAGCUUGGUGUGGGAGGCACGAGUCAGUGGAAGAUCUGCAGCCUGGACCCCACAUCUACCCUUGGCAUCUACUUCGAAGUCAUCAAUCAGCACAACGCCCCGAUCCCCCAAGGAAGCAGAGGUGCCAUCCAGUUUGUCACGCAGUAUCAGCACUCCAGCACUCAGAAGCGCAUCCGUGUGACCACCAUUGCCCGAAAUUGGGCAGAUGUGCAGAGCCAGCUCCAGCUCAUAGAGGCUGCGUUUGACCAGGAGGCUGCAGCGGUCCUGAUGGCACGGCUCGGAGUGUUCCGGGCGGAGUCAGAAGAGGGCCCCGAUGUGCUCCGAUGGCUGGACCGGCAGCUCAUCCGACUGUGUCAGAAGUUUGGACAAUAUACCAAAGAAGAUCCCACAUCUUUUAGGCUUUCAGAUGCCUUUUCUCUAUAUCCUCAGUUCAUGUUCCACCUCAGAAGGUCGCCGUUCCUCCAGGUGUUUAACAACAGUCCCGACGAGUCGUCCUACUACAGACACCACUUUGCGCGCCAGGACCUAACGCAGUCCCUCAUCAUGAUCCAGCCCAUCCUCUACUCAUACUCCUUCCAUGGCCCCCCGGAGCCGGUGCUCUUGGACAGCAGCAGCAUUCUGGCCGACAGAAUCUUGCUGAUGGACACGUUCUUCCAAAUUGUCAUUUAUCUUGGUGAGACCAUCUCCCAGUGGCAGAAGGCCGGCUACCAGAACAUGCCCCAGUAUGAGAACUUCAAGCACCUGCUGCAGGCCCCGCUGGAUGACGCGCAGGAGAUCCUGCAGGCGCGCUUCCCCAUGCCACGCUAUGUCCACACUGAGCAUGGUGGCAGCCAGGCUCGGUUCCUUUUGUCCAAAGUGAACCCUUCUCAAACACACAAUAACCUGUAUGCUUGGGGACAGGAAACCGGAGCACCCAUCCUGACCGACGAUGUCAGCCUGCAGGUGUUCAUGGACCACCUGAAGAAGCUGGCCGUCUCCAGCGCCUCUUAGGUGGGCCCACGGGGUUAAGGCGAGCCCUGACCGGUGCUCCCCAUUGUCUGUAAAGGCUCUGUAACGUUCCUUUCACUUUCCUGGCAGCUUUUACUAAAUAAUCAAGAUAAGCUUUGUAUGUAUGUCUGCAGGUUAUAAUUUAUUUGUUUUUUGAUGUGCCCUUCCCUUUUCUGUACCAUAAAACUGUAAGGUCAUAAAUGUUUUAGUAGAUAUUUAUGUGGCUUUUUUGUGUGUGCUAACUUUUUA